GUUGAUCAUCAUCAGCAGUUGCUGGAGGCACACAAAGGCCUGCAGGCAUUCAUGGCCCAUGUGGAGCGAGCCCUGAAGAGGGACUGCAGCCUGCCCCAGCUCAAGCAGGCGUGUGCCAAGAUGGUCACAAAGACCAGGCUGCUUCUAAAGCUGCUCAGAGAGAGGCAAGAGAACCAGGGAGCCUAUGAUCCAAUGGAGCAGUGUCGUCUGCAAGAGAGCAUGAUAAUUCACAUGGCCUUGGGGAAGGACAAGGGACUCACAGGGAAGCAAAAACUGGAGGUUGUGGUGUACGUGAUCACGUUUGUGGUUUUGCUGUUUUUCUUCGUCUUGGUUUUGCUGAUACUGAAGUGUGUCUCCCACAAGUGCUCCCGACGUGAACUUGACUCGCAACCUGACCACACCAGGAAACUGUGGCUGAGAAGGUUCUGUGUAAAACUGCCACAGAGAGGGAGGAAGGAUAACGACCUCCGUGUCUGA